AUGUGCCUAGAAAACCGUCUGACCGUCCCAGGACCAAAGGUCGACAUUGUCGAGAGCCCGAUCCCAGUCGCACAAAAAGGACAGGUCCUUAUACAUGUCAUGGUUAGUGGCUCGAAUCCCAAGGAUUUCAAGGCCGCAUACUUUUUGCCCCUUUCAAACCUUGGAGACGACAUCGCUGGUUACGUUGAGUCGGUCGGACCCGGCGUCUCGGAGUACCGUCCCGGCGACAGAGUCGCUGCGUUUCAUCAAAUCUACACGCCCCACGGAGCAUUUGCCGAGUACGCCAUCGCUUGGGCCAACUCGACGUUUCGAAUCCCGGACACUGUUUCCUUUGAGGAGGCCGCCACCAUCCCGCUGACGGCCAUGACGGCGGCGAUAGGACUAUAUAGUAACCUGAGGCUGCCCGAUCCCUGGACCACGGAGGAAGAUCGACCCAAGAGCCUUCCGCUGGUUAUCUAUGGCGCCGGCGCAGCCGUCGGAAGCUUUGCUGUCCAACUAGCGAGAAAAAGCGAGGUGCAUCCGAUCAUUUGCGUGGCUGGGCAGUCAAAGGACUACGUCGAAACCCUUAUUGAUCGUACCAAGGGUGACACGAUCGUCGACUACCGCCUCGGGCCCAAGGUUGUCGUGACAGAAAUUAAGAAGGCUCUGGGGGGCAAGCAGCUACUGCACGCAUUUGACUCGGUGGCGGAGCACGGAAGUGAUAAGAUUCUUGGGGCGCUGCUGGAGCCCCAGAACGCGAGGCUGGCUAUGGUUUUGCCCUAUGACCGGACUAAAAUCCCAAAGUCGCACGGGGUUCCCUAUCUCGAUCAGUAUGAGCUUCCAGUUUUAGAGGGUGUGCCUAAGGGCGUGGAAGUCAUUUGGACGGCUGUGGGCUCUGUCCAUGGAUCUCAUGAGCAUUUUGGUUACGUCUUCUUCCGGUAUCUCGCCCUUGGGCUUGAGGAAGGGUGGUUUAAACCCCAUCCGUACUUGGUGGUGCCUGGUGGGCUUAAUGGUCUUGCGCGUGGAUUGGCGGACCUCCACAAAGGCAAGGCGCACGCCGUCAACGAUGUGAUUAUUGACUUCCAGCAAGUAUACCAAGUGUACCUUGGAUGGAAGCCUACGUUUAGGAAUUACAUACUUAACCAGUUUAAACUAAGCGUCGAAUAUGAUGAGUUCAAUAUCAUACAAUGGUCUGGGACAGAUCGUUCCAAAGCUGUUCGAAAAACCAGAGAAUUUGUCAUUGGGCUUGACGAUGUUGGCUCGUUGGAAUGGAAUCACCUUACAUCAAAAGACGAGUUCAUCAUUAACGAAGAGAUCAGAACAAUAGAGACAGAUCUAACAAAGCAAAGGUUUAAACCCGAUGAUCUGGCCCUUCUCCCUGCAAGGUUGUUGGUGUACUCCUUGCGGCAGAGACACUUUAUAAAUGCAGACAUUGCACGUCUCAAGCCACUCCCCAUUGUUUCUGAUCCUUUUAACGACCUCAAGAUUCCAGAAAGGGAUGAAGAUCUGAUUCGAUUUGUUGUUCAUAGUCAUUUCGACAAGAAAGAGAUCCAACGUAACCUCCAGAACAAGGAAGUAGAGCUCGUGGAGCAAGACUUCAUCAGGGGCAAAGGCAAAGGACUUGUUAUUCUUCUUCAUGGCGCCCCGGGAGUAGGAAAAACGGCGACAGCUGAAGCUGUUGCGGCUGCACAUCGCAGGCCCUUAUUCCCAAUCACUUGUGGUGAUCUGGGGAUUGACCCAAUGAUGGUAGAGUCAACUUUGUCUGAGAUCUUCCGCCUAGCAAGUCUUUGGGACUGCGUUCUUCUUCUUGACGAGGCAGAAAUCUUCCUAUCUCAUCGAUAG